GAGACCCGUCCUCGAUAUGACAGGGUUAUCUGCACAAAUACGCGGCUAAGCUUAUCUUAUCCAUCGCCAGGGGUAGCUGCUGUCACUAAUUCGGCAGGGGUCCAAGCUCCUUCCCGCAAGCCAAAUUUCUAUCGUCUCUCAAGUCCAACCACACAGACGUCAUCUCUCCACAAUCUCACAUCGUGGCCGUCGUUAAAGAUGAAUCUCAACCUCUCAGGCACGGUGAAUAUUUUCAAGUUAUUUUCCAGACCGGCCCUAUGUCUACCGCAACACACUGUCGCCACAUUCAACGACUUGCCCAUACCAUUGCACAAAGCCUUCGAGGGUCAGGAUCGAAAAUGUGACAUCCGGGCGGUAGUGCUCGAUAAGGACGACUGCUUCGCGAUUCCCCACACGAAUGAAGUCCACAAACCGUAUAAGGUAUGUCGAAUUGGGCACGAAUUCUCUUUUCGCUCUCUUGACAUACAACAGGAACGCUUCGAGCAGCUCAAGGCCACGUAUCCUGGCCGCCGACUGGUCAUCGUGUCUAACACGGCUGGAGCGACAUCCUACGACACCUCGCUGAAGCUGGCGAGGGAGCUGGAGGAAGAAACCGGCAUCACUGUUCUCCCUCAUAAAACCAAGAAGCCUGGGUGCGGUUCUGAGAUCAUGGAGUACUUUCGCAACCAUCCCGAGACGGGUGUCUCCCAUCCAUCCCAGGUCGCCGUAGUUGGCGACCGCCUGACCACUGACAUGAUGCUAGCCAACAUGAUGGGUGGUUGGGGCUUCUGGAUUAGAGAUGGGGUAGUCUCACCUGAAAAGAAGAGUAUCUUAUCGAGACUCGAAUGGCGUUUGGCUGCAGCAUUGGUAGCCAGGGGCUACCAGGCUGCAGAGCCGCAUAGUCCCUUUGAGUAGCCAUUGUGAACAUUAGCCUAAAUGUAUACUACCUGAACACUUUGGAUCAAGGAACACCG